AGAUGGAAGAAUUGAUGCAUAUACAGAUCGCGGCGGGGGGUAAAGUGGGGGCGUGGGCCCCUCUGUAAUUUCGCUAAAUCUGAAGCCCCCAUUUAUGCAUACCUCCGAAUCUUCUACUGCUGUAUAAAUUCAUCGUCAUCGUGUGUGUAAUCCCCCCGCACACAGUAUUGAACUCGGCUACCAUUAAUCUCUCUCUCCUCUCUCUACUGUUUGAAAUCUGAUUAAAAGCGCCGCAAAUAAGCUGGGAAGCCUGAAAAUGGGUUCAAAAGCAGUUGAAGAUAUGAUCGAGGCUUCAUCAGGAGUUCAUUUUUCUGGAUUUCAUUUAGAGAAUACAGACCCAAGUAAUUCUGUAGUUGAACAGCCAACAACCUCUGCAACUGAAAAUAUGAAGCAGCCCUUUGUCAUAGGAGUUGCUGGAGGUGCAGCAUCUGGGAAGACUACAGUUUGUGAUAUGAUUAUUGAACAGCUUCAUGAUCAACGUGUCGUACUUGUUAAUCAGGAUUCCUUUUAUCACAAUUUGACACCAGAAGAACUUAAAAGAGUCCAUGAAUACAACUUUGACCAUCCUGAUGCAUUUGACACGGAGAACCUACUUCGUAUCAUGGAGAAUUUAAAACAUGGUCAAGCAGUAGAUAUUCCAAAAUAUGAUUUCAAGAGUUAUAAAAAUGAUGUCUUCCCGAGCCGAAGAGUAAAUCCCUCAGAUGUUAUUAUUUUAGAAGGCAUACUCAUCUUUCAUGAUCCGCGUGUCCGAGAUUUGAUGAAUAUGAAAAUAUUCGUAGAUACAGAUGCUGAUGUACGCCUAGCCAGGAGAAUAAGGCGCGAUACAUCAGAAAAGGGUAGAGAUAUUGGCAUGAUACUUGAUCAGUACUCAAAGUUUGUAAAACCUGCUUUCGACGAUUUUAUACUUCCAACAAAGAAGUAUGCUGACAUUAUCAUUCCUCGUGGAGGAGACAAUCAUGUUGCCGUCGACUUGAUCGUACAACAUAUUCGAACUAAACUUGGUCAACAUGAUCUUUGUAAAAUAUAUCCUAAUUUAUAUGUCAUCCAAUCAACAUUUCAGAUACGUGGUAUGCAUACACUUAUACGUGAUGCUCAGACAACAAAACAUGACUUUGUCUUUUAUUCUGACCGGUUGAUUCGAUUGGUCGUUGAACAUGGUCUUGGACAUCUUCCUUUUACAGAAAUGCAGGUGACAACGCCUACUGGAUCGGUGUACACCGGAGUAGACUUCUGUAAGAGAUUGUGUGGUGUCUCUGUUAUCAGAAGUGGUGAGAGCAUGGAGAAUGCCUUGCGCGCAUGUUGCAAAGGUAUCAAAAUUGGCAAAAUUCUGAUUCACAGAGAAGGCGAUAACGGUCAACAGCUGAUCUAUGAAAAACUGCCUACCGACAUCUCAAAUAGACACGUCUUACUAUUGGAUCCGAUUCUUGGCACAGGAAAUUCGGCUGUUCAAGCGAUUUCUCUACUGAUCAAGAAAGGUGUACCGGAGUGCAAUAUCAUAUUCCUUAAUCUAAUUUCUGCACCUCAAGGAGUACAUGUGGUGUGCAAGCGUUUCCCUCGAUUGAAGAUAGUGACAUCUGAGAUUGAAAUUGGCUUGAAUGAAGAUUACCGUGUUAUCCCUGGUAUGGGCGAAUUUGGCGAUAGAUACUUCGGCACAGAUGACGAGUGAGCCCCCCACCCCCCACCCCCCACAGUGGGGGCCCACACCCCCCCAGUUAUACCUCCACCUGAUUUAAUUAUAGUCACAAAUGAAACGAAAUAUCAGCUCAAUAAGGAUAAAAAGCGCGCUAAUAAUUAUCUGAAUGCCGACGAUUUAUUCAGGCAUUUGCACAUUAAGCAGGAUAUGUGUUCAUGAGUUAUAAGAACUAUACAUUACUGCUGCAUGGGUGAAGUAAAUCACCUGUUUCGACUUUCGACGUUUCAAUGACUGGCUAUGUUAUAUAAUUAUCCCGGUGAUGUUUUAAUCACGGGUAACAAUUUUCCGAUACACGGACAUCUGAAGAUCAACGGUUAUUAUUCUCUACAUAGUUUUCGAUUUUAUUUA